CUAUUUUUUUUAACCUCGUCUUUUUUUUUUUCGGUCGGCGGUGCCCCGAGCACAUGGUUUUUAUGUCGCUCGCUCGGAUUAUUAUUGUGAUUAACGUUAUUGUUAAUUCGGCGGAUUCACGCAUAUUUUCUGCGGUUCGCGUAAUACUAUGUUAAGUCAUCUGAUGGACUGGUGGCUGGUCAAUUUCUAGUUGGCGAAUUUACGGGUACUCUCUGGCGGCCCAUUACCGUUACGUUUAAAUUGGUCAUAUGUUGCUGUUCUGGACGUUAAGGAAGUGAACGGCAUGGAAAGGUGAUCACCGAGCAUAUUUGCGGACCAGGUCGGAUCUAUUAUUAUUAAUGGACCAUUUUGGAUGGAUAUCAAAGAAUACAAAAGAUGUAACUCAAGCAUUGACGACCCAAUUCAAUUCAAUUUGUUUCCUCGUAUAACCACUAAAUAUUCUCAAAUAUUGUUUGGCAAUAUCACAUUAAAACAGCAAUUAGACGAUUCACUUAGUAUUAAUGUUUUAGCGGGAAAAUAUGACUCUAUUGGUGUGUUCAAAGAAAACUCUUUAGUGAAUGUAAAAAAUGCAUGUUCUUCAAUAAAAUAUGGAAUAUACGGAGAGAAAACAUGGAAAAGUUUUGUAGAUGCUUUUCAAAUUCCAACUAUAAAUUGUCCCUGGCCUAAGGGUCCUUUUUGGAUGGAUAUUAAAGAAUACAUUAGAUGUAAUUCAAGUAUUGAAUAUCCAAUUCAAUACAAUAUGUUUACCCAUAAAGCUAAAAACUAUUCUCAGCUUAUAUUUGGCAAUAUCACACUCAGACAACCCUUUGAUGAUUCAAUGGAUAUGCAUAUUUUAUCGGGAAGACAUGACUCUAAUCAUGGUCUAUUCAAAGAAAUUUCUCUAGUAAAUGUAAAAAAUGCAUGUUCUUCAAUGAAAUCUGGAAUGUACGGAGAGAAAGCGUGGAAAAGUUUUGUAGAUGCUUUUCAAAUACCAACGGUAACUUGUCCUUGGCCUAAGGGCGUUUACUUUUCAAAAGGAUUCGACACGGCUUCAAUGAAAGAAAGUAAUAUGCCUAAAAUUAUUAUGUAUGGGCGAUACACAGUUCGUCUUCUUUUUUUGAAAAAAAAUAAUGUUAUCAGUUGCACAAGAUUUGUGGUAGAUUUAAAACCUUAUUCUUAAAGUACUUACCAAUUAAUUUUUUUAUGUCUAAUGAUCAAAUAAUUUUAUUUACGAUGCACCUAUAAAAAAUUAUAUAUUUCUAAAUGUAUUUGUGGUAUUUUUAAUUCUCAAUACAGUAUGUUUGGUUGUUUCUAAUAUAAAAAUAAAAUUAUCAUUAAUUUCAUUUUUAUUUUGAUGAUAAAUGCUUGAGCACUAAUACGCCUUUGAAAAAAU